CCUAAAUUCCAUCCACCCCUCACUCCAUACGUACGGUACUCUUCUCAACACAGCAAAGCAAGCAAGGCACCGCGAGAACCAUGCCACCCACCCUUUCGAUCGCGGACGCCGUUGCCGCCGCUUCCGAAGGGCUCGAUUCCCGGGCCACCGCGGUGGCCCUGGCAGCCAUCGCCCUGUCCUUCCUGGGGGGCCCCACCCUGGUCCACCUCCUCCGGUGGAUGGCCGCGUGGUUCCGCCUCGGGGUGUUCCUGAUCGGGGGGGGCACCACCGUGGGCACCGUCUCGGACCUCUAUGUCCACCCCGUCAAGAGCAUGCGGGCGACCCGGCUGGAGGAAUCGGCCCUCGACCGGAAGGGGCUCGAAAACGACCGCAGGUUCAUGGUGGUCUACGAGCGCCCCCUUCCGGCCCACAAAACCGAGUGGGGAAAGACCGACACGACCCACCGGUUCCUGACCCAGAGGCAGUGUCCCUCCCUGGCCACCAUCUCUACGGCGAUCGACACCGUUCGGACCGACGACGGAAAAGCCGAACGGGUCCUGGUGCUGGAGCAGGCCACUGUUGCGCCGUCGUCUUCCGCACCAAAGGUUUCGGUCCGCGUUCCCCUGGCCCGCUUGGACGGGAAGCCGGAAACCACCUACCUGGCGGGCAUCUGGGACGACGUCGUCGCCGUCGAGGACCUGGGAGAAAGGGCCGCCGCCUUUCUGCAGGCGAUCGCCGACGCCGACGAAGAGCUCGCGGCGUCCUUCGAGGGCGGGGGCCGCAGGCCGGUGGUCCGCCUGGUGCGGGAGUCGCUUUCGCCGCUUUCUUCUCUCGGCCUGCUCAAGGGCGGGCCGGAAACCCGGGCCUACGUCCCGGCCUACGCCAAGGCGUGGCACGGCGGGGCCCUCGGCAAGCCCACGCUCACGGACGGCUUUCCGGUCCUGAUCGCCUCGGAGGCCUCGCUGGACGUCGUCAACCAGAGGCUGGUACACAAGGGAGGGCACAAGCCGAUAUCCAUGAGCCAGUUCCGGCCCAACAUCGUGAUAAAGAGGGGCUCCAUAGAGCCCUUUGAGGAAGACCGCUGGAAGGUCGUGGCGAUCGGCAACGUCGUCUUUGCCAUCGUCAAGGCGUGCCCGCGGUGCAAGCAGUCCUGCACGGACCAGACCACCGGAACGGUGAGCAAGGCGAUGGAGCCCCUCGAGACGAUGAAGGCCUUCCGGCGGGCCUUUGGGAGCGCCCCGAAAAACGGGUCCGUCUUUUUCGGCCAGAACGCGAUCCCGAUCGGGAGGCUCGAGGGAAAGACCAUCAAGGUGGGAGACCCCGUGCGGGUGCUGGAGCGGGGGGAUCCCGUGUACAUCGACUGAACGGAAGCGAGCCGCCGGCGAGCGAAAACCCCACCGGAACGGAGCAACGCGGGCCCACUCGCCGCAGCGGAGCAACGGCUCGCAACACGCGCGGGGCUGUGCGAAUGUCCCCGCGGAAACCACCGGGGUCGCUGUCUACGGACCGCCGAAGCGGUGGAUUAUUCAUAAAAAGAGAUAGAAUCUGGUUUGUGCUCAAUACCGUGUGUGCAUCCGCAUAUCGUACUGUUUAUAUUUACUUCAGUUUCAUCGUUUUCUGAAACUCGUUGGAGGUGGGACUUUUCAUCAGUUCCCUCAAGGCAACGGUCGCGUACGCAGACGAAGGCAGCGUAAAGCCCACAAUCAUCGCAAUCAGGGUCGGGUCUUCCUCGGUUUGUUUGGGAUCGAUUCGGAUUUCUUCACCGUUCAUUUUCAUAAGGUCGGUCUGCAGCAACGGUUGCAGGGGGUGGUUGUACUCUCUGACGGAGUAGUCGAAAUCUUUCGGGUGGAUGACGGCGUUUCGAUAGUCGCCGUUCACACUGAUUUCUCGGUCCUGCAGGUUUUUGAACAUGUCGAGGGUCAGUCCCAAAUCGGUUACCAGCUCUUUCAGCACAGUUCCCAGUUCGUUUGUGGGGAAUACCGUUUUGGAUCCUACAACCGGAACCAAAACGUCCUCGAUGGUGUACUUCUUGUUCUCUAUAUCGCUCUCUGUCACGAUGUGGACCCUGGACUUUGUGUCCUCGUCGGAAUUCGGAACGAGGUCUCCGGCCACGACGUUUUCUCUUGCCAUCUUUGCUAUCCUAUGCGAGGUGGCUUUGUUGAAGAUUAGGCUCUGAACGGCAUGAAUGAACAUCAUUUUCAGGUUUUUGGGGAUGCGAGAGAAAGCCUUCUUGUAGUCGAACGGAUUUUUGGCGAGGGACUGCAUGAUUGCGAUUUCGGCUGUCAUGAAUCGAUUCAUGCUGUCGUCGAACAAACACAAAUCAGGACCAAAAGAGGGUUAGAACGUUGCUGUCUGCGGUGCGUCCUUGUUGACAAUCAACACGACGGGGAUGGCGACGGCGAUAAUUCUCGUCGACGGCAUUCGGCCUCCCAAACUACAUUCACUCUUACCGUUUCAGUACUCGCUUGGCGGUGCUACUCUCGUUUUCCUUCGUCUCCCCGUACGUAAAGCGACUCUGCCAGUCUUUUCGGGCUUGAGUGAUAUCUGGUCGGUCUUCGGAGUUCGGUUCCAUCAAAAUAUCUACCGCUUUUUUGAAAUCUCCCUGUAAAGCUGCAAUACCUACUAGAUGAGUGUUGUUGAACUUUCCAAACCGUUGGGUUCCGUAGUAGUUGAUAAACCCUUUCUCUUUCA